GUAUGGCGGCGCGGAUUGCAUUGGAGAGCGGGGGAGAAGAGGAGACAUGCCAGAGAUGGUGAAAAAGAAACAAAGAGGAGCAAGUUCUUUAAUGAAGUGUCCACAUAGUUUUAGUUGGUGCUCUUUUUCCGAGGUGGCGUCCGGCUUCAAAAACUGCGCCUGCAAUUCAUUCUCGGGGCCAGCCCAGCUUUUUUUCCACUGCCCUCCCUCGAUGGAGCAAGUUUGUUUUUUUAUGAUGCAUAGAGAGAAGGGUGAGCUAAGCAGAUGAAAACCCGCACGCUCCACAUCAUCGGGCGAUAUUUUCUUCCUCCCUCUGCACGUUUUUGGACAAUUGCAGUCCUCGGAUGCUCGUCUAGCUGUCAGUGUCUGGCCUGCAUGGGGGAAUUUCUACAAUGAAAUCCAUCUUGGGGCAGCGAGUCUUUGUGCUCUGCCAUAGCUGAGCAGCGGCGAGCAAAGACUGUAUUAUUGACAAGCCGUUUCAAUAUGGGACACGAAUGGUGAAUGUGACAUUUUGAGUUCAUUUCAAUGACGCGCGGAGAUUGAUACCUUACGACUCGAUUUAAUCCACGAUGCGUGAGUAUAAAGUGGUGGUACUGGGCAGCGGUGGGGUCGGGAAAUCCGCCCUCACUGUGCAGUUUGUUACCGGGACGUUCAUUGAGAAGUACGACCCCACCAUAGAGGAUUUUUACCGCAAGGAGAUCGAGGUGGACUCCUCACCCUCGGUGCUGGAGAUCCUUGACACCGCCGGCACCGAGCAGUUCGCCUCCAUGCGAGACCUUUACAUCAAAAACGGCCAAGGAUUCAUAUUGGUCUACAGCCUUGUCAACCAGCAAAGCUUCCAGGACAUAAAGCCGAUGAGGGAUCAGAUCAUAAGAGUGAAAAGGUACGAGAAGGUUCCUGUGAUCCUGGUGGGGAACAAGGUGGACCUGGAGAGCGAGAGGGAGGUGUCGUCCAGCGAAGGCCAGGCCCUGGCAGAAGAGUGGGGCUGCCCGUUCAUGGAGACCUCAGCCAAGAGCAAAACCAUGGUAGACGAACUGUUCGCUGAGAUUGUUCGGCAGAUGGACUACGCCGCCCAGCCAGACAAGGAUGACCCCUGCUGCUCUUCUUGCAAUAUACAAUAGCCCCCCGGGGGCCUCCAGGAACAGGCCGGGCCAAAAAGUCUACUUAGAGGAAGUUACUUCGACUUGCAGCAACAGAGAUACACACUUAGACACAGUCACACACACAUGCACACGUCAGUUAAAUGGAAGAUAAAUUCAUGGUUGAAAGCGAUGGAUUUGAACUCUACGAAGCAUAUAAAUCAACAGUGACAGUGAAUUAUUAAUUAUGACAUGUGAGUAUUGAGUACGUUUUGAAUGAGGAACGCCAGGAAUUUGCCACAAGAGAAAUUUGACAAAUGACAAAAAGGAACAUGCCCUCGCCUUAUGUUACUCUCUUUUGUUUGUUUUUAUCUUUUUGGUUUGGGGGUGGGGGGGUCUAGUCAUCAUCAGCAAAUAGUUACAGAUCAGGAUCUUUACUGCUUAGAUUGUUCAACAAUCUGCCAUGGCGAAUGAGUGAUUGAUAAAUGUUUUCUUUUGUUAGCAUUUCACACAGAAUACUAAGAUGCUUUUUUUUUUUUUUUUGUUACUCAGUUGCAAGUAGCUACUGGAAGCAAACCUGAUAACACAUUUCUUGGAUCCAGCUGUUUCAAAACAUGGAGGAGUAUUUGAUUUAUGUACAAAUGUUCUCCCAGCUUAUUUUGUGCAGUGGUUGUUGAGAGGUUUUUUUAAUCAUCACAGGGCUGAACCAAAGAGAUGACCUGAAAGCACCUCCAUUUUCGUAUUUAUACAUUUUUAUUUUUCCCCCCAGUCGUUUAAGGGAAUGGAGAGAAAAUGGUGGAUAAGUCCGUGUCUUUCUUGAAAUAUUGGUGCAGUCAUCUCUUUUUCCUAUUUUCUCACUUUGAGAUAUAAAAGUAAACCUAGCAGAGUCUUUCACAUAUCGUGUGAUGUUUUGUUUUCUUCUCUGGGAGACUCUGACUGCAGAUUGCUGAGUAGUAAUAUAACUAACUGCUUCACCCUGAUGGGACAAAGAGUUCAUCUUUCAGUGUUUGAAUAUCUCCCUAAACUCUGUUUCAGGAAUGGGUGACAUUUAAAGUGAAGAUGCCAACAUUUGUCAUACUUUUUUUUUUCCCUCUCUCUCUUUCUCUCCUCCGGUAUUGAUAUGAAAUGGGGUGCUCAAGAGUUCCAACAUCCUGAUCUUAUUCUUUACAUGCUCAGAGUAUUCAAAUUCAUAGUAACAAAUAGUAACAACAGUGGCGAUGAUGAUAAGAAUUACUAAUGGUAGUGUAAAUAUUUUGUAUUGAAAGUGCCAGCUCCUACAAAGACACUGACUCAACACAUGUGGAAAUUGUCAACUGUAUGCAUGGCUAGUAAACAACAAAAAAAAGGACUUUUAUCGUUUGAGAUUACUAUAGGCUGUGGAAAUGUGCAAAAACCAAACACAUACACGUCUGGAUCUGGACACUGUCUCUCAACUGUACAUCUUUGUUGCCACGGGAACCAGACUUUUCCCUGUGUCCAUUUUCAUUGUUGAUUUUAUAUUUUUUUAUGUGACCAUUUACUCUUUAUUCCCUCUCUGAAUGGUGACACUGUUACAUUUGACACCUGAACAAUAAAAAUGCGUUCAACACUCAACUGAAGCGUCAGUGAAACAAAUUGAAUGGAUCGACACUCAAUAAGAAAUGCUGCUUCUAUGUGGGAGAUUUGUUUUAUAAUCUAGUCUAAUCUU